AACACCAAUUUGGAAAGUGUUAGAUGCCCACUAAAUGUUACGUUAUGUGACAUCCAAGCAGACAGUUUCUAUUUAAAUUUAUCGAUUAUAUGUAGGGGAUGUUUCAUCUAUCAUCAUAUUGAUCCAGAAUUUUAGGUUCUCUCUUACAUGACAUGUCAAUAUACCAUGAAACAAAGUUCAACUUUUAGAACGACAAGCUCGGAUAACUAUGACAUUGGUAAGCCAAAUAUAGGACAGCAUAUAUUAUCCAAGAAAAAUUAUAAGAUCUGCGAAUUUUAAGCGUUUCAUUGUGAUGUUCAAUUUUCCCAAUAACUUAUAUGCUAAGAAGCAUUUGAAAAAUACACGUUGACGACGCAUUCAAUAAGACGUGUGUAUCGCAUGCAAGCCACUUCAAUCCCACAAAACGUGGCAUGCAAAUAGUAUAAAAAGCUCUUUACUUCCAUCUCUUUCUCUUUCUCUUCCAUUUGAUUGCACAUUGGACGUAACAAAACAUCCUGCCAUGGCUCUCGCUCGCAUUAAGAAUCGUCUGUCAUCCUCAUCAUCAUCACCAGCACCACCUCCUUCUCCGACGCCACUCAGUGCCAGAGGCAAUCGGAGUGAUCCAGCUUUCAGCAAUUAUGUUGACAAGAUGAAGCACAUGCCAGAUCUGAAUCUUCCGGAUUAUGUCAACAGAUCUGUCAUUGCAGAUGUUGAAUACCGUUUGAUUAAAAACAAGGAUAGGAAUUCCAUUAGUGAGAUGAUGAGAUCUGCAAAAAAGUAUGGUGUAUUUCGGAUUAGUGGGCAUGGGAUCUCAACGGAGGAGCUACAACAAGCAUUCACAGAGGCGGAAUUCUGCUUUGGAUUGUUGGCUGACCGGUGGAGUCGCGAUGGAGAUCGGGAGGAAUUUCAAUGGUCACGAUCCGCCAUUGCUGCUGCCGAACGUAGGCGAGACGUUGCGCGAGAGGAGAGAUUUCGCAAGUUUAGCCAAAAGAUGGACAAUAUUGCAAGUAAACUUGAAGUAAUAGCAGAUGCUGCUGCCACGAUUGUAGGAAGCUAUGGAAGCAAACAUUCUCGAAAGAAAAUCAAGGAAAAUGAAACGAGAAUGACAUUGUUCAAGCAUAAUAACUCGGCUCUUCAACCUCAUACCCCACGAUCUUCCCACACUCCACGUGCAGCUGCUGAUGGAAAAACAGAAUCAUGUUCGUUUGCUUUAGGCCUUCAUAUCCCAACCGAGCAAGCUGAAUUUUGCCUCUUAACCAGUGAAGGCCCAUUGUCUUUUAGAACUAGCCCCGACACUAUUAUCUUCACCUUUGGAGAACAACUACAGGAAUGGAGCUGUGGAGAGUUUAAAGGUUCAUUCGGGGAGAUAAAUAUAGAGCCAGAAAUACAAGCAGAAGGAGCAUACUCCAUAGAGCUCAAGUGUUCACCUUCCAUCCUUAAUCAUGCGGUUGAUAGGAUCAACACCUUUUCUAUAACGGAUCAGAUCCUCUUUCUACUAGCUCUUUCUAUUCUAUAUUGUUUAAUUUCCUUUUUACUAUCUUAGAUUUAUGCACAAACUAAAAUAUUUCUAUUUUUGGACAUUUUCUUUCUACUGCAA